CUUCCUUGUUUGACGACAUUGGAAAGGUCUCGCAGGAAAAAUUUAGACUCUGGUUAUUCACGAAGAUGGUCGAUGAUCAUUGGGCUGCUCGUCAUGACAGAAACAAAGUUGACCUCGCCUUCAUUGUCGACUGUACAGGUUCCAUGGGUCUUCAUAUCAAGCAAGCGCAAAAACACGUUCGAAGUAUCGCCGAAACUGUUUCGCGAACUGCAUUCAACGUGAAGCUUGGGCUGGUAGAGUACAGAGAUCACCCUCCCCAGGAUAACUCAUUUAUAACGAAAGUUCACGAUUUUACACAUUCCGUAGAGGAAAUGAAAAAAUGGGUGGAUGGUAUGAGCGCAAGAGGCGGUGGAGAUGGUCCUGAGUCAGUGGCUUGUGCUUUGGACGCAGCUUCCAAACUCAACUACAGAAAAGAUGCUACCAAGAUUUGUGUUCUCAUUGCUGAUGCCCCUCCUCAUGGACUUGGACUAGAGCAUGAUGGUUUCCCUGAUGGCUGUCCAACUGGCAAUGACCCUCUACAGGCUUGUAGAGCUAUGGUGGAGAAGGGAAUUGUACUGUACUGUGUAGGAUGUGAACCAAACAUCCUACGCUACAAAGAUUUCUUUAUGGGUUUGGCAUACAUAACUGGUGGCCAGUAUGUUCCUCUCUCCAAAGCUCAGGGUUUAUCAAAGGUAAUAAUAAAUGCCUCACUUGAGGAGGUUGCCCAUGAGAACAUUAUGGGAUAUGUUGAAGACUUCUUAAACAUGGCCCUUGAAGAAAUGAAAGGAAAGAAACAGAAGGUAACUGUAGAUGACUUGGCUGAAAAACUUCAAGAGCAUUUAAACCUGAGAAAUGUCAAAUCCCGCCAACUUCAGUGCAACUCUGCAGAACUCCAGCCCCCCACACCAACAGCAAAGAGAAUUUCUGGGUUAAAAAAAUUGUCACAAGUUCAGCAGUUCCUAGAGAAAGACACUCCAAUGGACUACAGAUUAUUUUACAUGAACAAUGUCACAGUGGAGGUCACCAUAACCGAGCCAGCAGAAGUUACUAAACUCUUGUCUGAAAGGUUACUUACGAAGGCACUUGGCAGGCAGAAAAUACCUGUGGAACAUGAUGAAGAAACUGGUGAGAUAACCAUCUAUGAGCCAUUUAUGUCUGGAGCAAGUCCUGCAGUGUAACCUAAUGACAUUUUUAUGAAAAGGGUUUCAAGAAUUUUUGACACAGAUUCAUGACAUGUGCGGAAGUAUUCAAGUGGACUCCUACCACACAGUUUAUUUUAGCCAAGAACCAACUUUCUCAAAAGCUUUUUCCUUUUCCUGAACAGCAGUAGGUUAGCCCCUUAUCCAGCACAUAACUUCAAGUAUCGCCAAAUAUCAAUUUAUGGGAACCAUGAGGGAACCCAUGUAUGGUUACUAUUUUGUUGUGAAUUGUAACAUAGGAAAUAUCCUUGAGUAAGGAGUAAAGAAACUUGACAAUGAAUUAUAUUAAUAGUGGUAGAGUGUUGUUAGUCUCCAAUGAGACAACUUUAUUUUGCUUGUUAUGAGGUUGUUAAAAGGCCUCAAAUUCUUUAAGUUCAAUUAUUUUACCAUCAAGUUUUUUAUGGAUGGGAAGAUUAGCAGCUUUUCUCUGCAGUUCAAUAACAAAGUUGACACAAGUGAUGCAGUUACAUUAUGUAUUCAGCAGUUCAUUUAAGAGGUUACAAACAUAAAUGUUAUAAUUACCUUCUUCAGAAGAACAACUGUUAACCUAGGUCUUUUUUGUCUCACCACAUUUAAUGAUCUCCUUUUUAAAAAUCCAUUUAGUUUUCUUUUCUCUUUGAUUAUUGUUACAAAGUAAAUACUCCUGUAAACAUGGCAUUUAUGAACUUAAUAAUGUUAUGCUAUUUUUGACUG